CUACUAUACUGGCUGCGUUCCGAUAUUCACUGCCAGUACUGAAAAUCUAUAGUUUGCGUCACGUGUACUAUAGAUUUUUAGUACUGGCAGUGAAUAUCGGAACAACCAUAACCUGUAAUCUGUGUAAUUUUAUGUUAUUAUUUAUAUAUGACCAAGAUAUUUUAUGCCUCAAAAUAAGAUGAGAUGUAACAUGAUAUCUGCUUGAGAGGGCUCGCCAAAUUAAUUACAGAUAUAAUAAUAUUCUUUGAAGUGACAACUUGAUUAUUUCUCAUUGCUGAUUCUCAUCGUUCAAAAAUAUGUCGGGAAAAGGAAAGCAGAGUUCUAAGAAGGCUGUUGUCAAGGUACGCGAAUCUGGAAAGACUGCACAAUCUUCGCUGCUAAACACCGACACGAAUUCCGAGACAUCAGAGCCAACGACGUCUCAGGCAAUUUUAAAGAUUAUUGACAAUGGUCGACACCUGCCAAAGUAUACCAACAUCCUAAAACGUACGGCGGAAGAGGGUGUGGGUAUGGAAGAUCUCGACACACUGCAAUUGGAACUGGAGACGCUCUUGUCGGCGGUCGUUGUACGGCACCGCACUCUUCAAGACGAGAUCGCCAACUUGUCGUCGGUGGAAGAACGUAGAGACAGAAGAUCGAAAAGUGGGAAGAGUGUGCCUCUACUCAAUAAGAAAGUGCGCGAGGAAAAAUUUAAACCAAAAGAGGUGAACACUAAAAGUCAGCCGCCUCUGUACACAAAACUCUAUACGCAAAGAGCUGUAAGAAGUUCAGCCAGUCAGGUAACAUCAAACACACACGAAGUUGCAAGGAUAGAAGGGUCUAAGUCAGAUGCGCCAAAACUCCUUUUACCGAAAAACGAUACGCCCAACAAGUUCUGGGCAUCAGUGGAUCCUUAUUGCACCGACAUUAUGCCCGAUGAUAUUAAAUUGUUGGAAGAAUUGAUUGCUACACAUGGUGAUAUAAGCGAUUUUAAGAAGAUCCCACCUCUAGGCCGUCAUUAUAGUUUAAUUUGGGCGCACAACGAUUUGUCGCAAGAGGAAGAGGCGGCCAAUCCAAACAGGGAAAAGAAGAAGAAUCGUACGGAUAUGUCUCACUUGAUAUCCAAAGGUGAUAAGAAAACUAACGGUAUCGCAGGACCUCUCACUCAGCGACUAGUCUCUGCGCUAAUGGAGCAAGGGUAUGUCGGGAAUAAUAAUACAGAGAAUAAAUUAUUCCGAGAUAGGGACUCACCCGUUUUGAGAGGUCUGACUAUUCAGAAUUCCAUUAAUUUGGAGUCACAAAUGCUCAAGGAAUUAGUCGAGCAGGGAAUCUUGGAACCCGAUGCACAGAAAAAGAAUCAAGAUGAUGAUGAGAUUCUUGCAGAGAUUAAAAGAUGUCAACAGGAACUUUCUGCAUUGUCCAAUCACAAUGUUAUACAGCUAAAGAGAUUGUUAAAUUUAGCUCAAGAGGAAAGUAAAAGGCAAGCGUUGAAACGGAAAAUUAGCAUCGCCGACAACGAGGUGGUAGAGCAUUAUAAGAAAUUGGCUAAAACCAAACAAAAUAAAGAAUCCUUAACGAGAAAGGAUCAAGAGAAAGCAUGGACGUGUCUGCGGGAAAGGGAAAAUUUGUUGGAACAAUUAAAUGCUACCAAAUAAUUUAGUAAAAUCUAUAGGUUUUACACAGCGAGACUAAGUUUAAGAAUAUUUCUUAAACAUAUAUAUAUAAUACAAUCACACUAUAAUACAGAUUUAAAAAUUCUCAAUCUGUCAUAAGAAAUAUUCAACAUAUGUGAGAUAUCCGGAUAAUAUGAUAAUAUAUAUACUUGGUAUUAUCAGGAUAUGUGUACAUUGUUAAUUCUUUAUAUUAAAAAUGCAUAGAUUCAAUAUAGAGAAAUUGUAUAUUGCGAUGAAAAUUACACUACACACAUGAAUUUAGAAUUCCCGUUAAUGUUACACAUACCAAAAUUGAACAUAUGUAUUUUCUCAACACACAUAAUAUUGAGAUUAUAAUUCAUAGAUUCUAAUGCGUGCAGAGAGAAGUUCGAGUCUGAAUAAUAUUCAAAUAUAAACAUAUAAGAUUUUUUUUAUUGAUAAAUUAUAUAUUUAUCAUCUUACAGGAGCUAAAUUAUGCCAGUAAUUGCCAACGAGAAAGAAAGAGAUACAAGAGAGAACUUAAUUAUUAUAAUACUCGCGGUUUCAUCUUUUAUUUAAAAAUAAUUUUUCAUUGUACCAAUUUUUAUUGAUAUUCCAUUAUAUAUCAAUAUCUUCUUUUAAUAUUACUGGAGAUUUUUAGUAUAGUAUAUUGUAUAAUGUAGAUUUUAUAAUUUUAAAAUAAAAUAUAAAUAUAUAUUCACAUAUGUAUAUAUAUUUAAAAUUUAUGCUUGCACAUAUGUGUAUGUCAAACUUGAGAAGAAUUUAGAAAAUUAGUUAAUUAUGAAAACCAAAGUGGAUUAUUUUUGCUUUAAGAACAUACAUAGGAGUAUAAUAAAUUUAAUAAUUAUUAUUAUCUAUUUUGAACAAUGUGAAAAUAUAAAUUGUGUGUGUAAUUUAUAUGUACUCUAAACAUGUUCAAGCAUAUGUGUGAAAAUUGAUGUAAAAAGUAAUAGUAAUUGUAACUUACUUUACAUCAAUAACUUUAUUUAAUUCAACAUAUUAAUUUUGUUAUAUUCAUAAUUCUUCAAAUGUUUUGUGAUUUUUUCAUCACAUUGUGUGUGUAAAUGAUAUUUUUUAUAGUUCCAUGCAUAUAUAUAAUUUAGAUUAAAUGCAUUUAGUUUCAAAUAUGCCUUUGUUGUAUAAUCACAACUUAGUAACUCCAUUAUGGAAGAUUUAUAAUCGUAAUCGAGUAUAUAUUAUGUCAGCAAAUUUUCUGAAAUAUAACAACAGACAUCUUUGAACUCUUAUAAAGUUGUAUAUACAAGUACUUGUGGGUCUUGAUUAAUAAAAAAAAAAUAAAAAAAAUAAAAAAAA